AAUUACCAGCAUUUCUGUAUAUUACUCACUGUUGAAGCAGAGUUUUACUAGCAUAUCUUCAUAAUGAAUUCAUUAAAGUUUAUCCUUGCUUUGGGAUGUAUGGCAUUAUUGACGAUUCAUCAAAUCAGUGCAGAUCAAGAAGCAUGCAGCGCAGUCAUUGAAGAUGUAAUUACUGUCUUUAAAGAGGAAAGUGAAGAUGGCGGUUGUUUUAAAAAAUCGCUAGAAAUUUUCGAAUUGGACCCUAAGUACUGGGAACAGUGGGAUGUAGUAAAAGAUAUAAUGUUAAACUGGAUAAAGAAACUGGAAGGACUAAGUCAGGAUCAAAAGUCAUAUUUGGAAGAAUGUGGAUCUGACAUCCAGUACUUAAUAAGUUCGAGAGUGGAUAAAGAACAAAGCAGGAAGUGUCACCGGUACAUAAGAAAGUUAUUUCAAGAUUAGGAUUAUGAAGGUGGUCAUCUGUGAACAAUUCAUAAUCUUGGUUAAUGGACUUAAUGAUGUACUAGACGAAAAAUAAAAACUCGAUAAAAGAGA